ACAAAAAAGAAUUAGCUAGGCAAGUAUAUUUUUCAUAACAGAAAAUAUGAAUCUGAGUCAAAUGCAGUUUAGUCUGCAUAACUAAAAGUAGCUUAGGCCUUGCUUUCACCAACCAAGAUAGAUUCAGCUAAGUCGUCGUAUGAUCGUGAACCGUGUAACAUCGUCAGUAUUUAAUUUCUCGAGUCAUUGUGAUUCGCGAUUCGUGAUUCGCGAUGAUUAUUAAUUAUUAUAUAUCAGUUUUCAUAAAUUGCUAGAUUUCGACAAAAUUUGUCUGGAUUAAAAUGUGGUGGUUCAAGAACUUGAUUGUUUUUACCAUAUUUUUUAAUUUACUAAAAGUAUCUAUUUCUCAAACAAAAGAUGAUGAUUAUCACGAAUGUGUGCGGUCUUGUGCUGACAAUGUACUUUCAAAAAAAGUAUGCCGUUACGAAUUCUUCGCCAAAGAAUUGUCUAGUCCAAUCAGCAUUCAAAAUGGUUCUAAAAACAAAAAUGAAUCGAUGAAUCGUGACGAAAUAAUUUCAUCGAAUAGUUUUUUAGGAAUCAAUGGAAAAAGUCCGGGUCCACAGAUAGAGGUAUGUCUUGGAGAUACGAUAGAAGUACUUUUGUACAACAGAUUGGGAUCCGAAGAGUUAUCUUUUCAUUGGCAUGGAAUGCGGCAAAAAAAUUCUGCUCACAUGGACGGUGUUCCAAUGGUCACACAAUGUUCAAUAUUGCCAUUCGGAGGUUUUCGGUAUAAACUAAAACCUGAGAAUAUCGGAACAUACAUGUAUUACGCACAUAUAGUUUCACAGCAGGGCGACGGCGUGUACGGGUCGCUAACAGUUCGAGGACCACAAAAUGACCGUAGCUUGGAAAGGAUACUUCUCCUGUCGUCAAGGCCGUCAAUUCCAUUGUCACGGUACUCGUACUUGCAUCCACCUACGCCCAGGGAACUCCUCUUAAAUGGCCAGAAUAACGGGUCCAUGUUGAGAGUUCAUUAUGGAACGAAAUACUUCCUACGAGUCAUUAACGCCAACGCGUACAAUUGCCCCGUAUUGUUAUCCAUCUCUGGCCAUGAUUUUCGUGUUUUGGCUGUCGAUGGGAACCCGGUCGAACCAACAAUGGGCCGGCACGUCGUUUCCUUUCCAGGCGAGAGAUUUGACAUGAUUGUCGAGGCGAAUCAACCUCCUGGAAAAUAUCACGUCGACAUAGAGGGCCUUCUGGAUUGUCAAAACCUUCGUCAGGAAGCUUUCAUUCUUUACGAUAAUACAAAACCAGAGUCCGCUGUGACAAAGGACGACAAACUAUUGAAAAUCAAUGACUACGCAAUUGCAAGCAAGGGCCAUGAUUGUCAUCAGAUAUCAAAGAAUUUCAUUUGUGCGUUGGAUUUAAAGGGAUCGAGAGAAGUCGAGGUCAACUCGAACGAAGUUAUUUAUAUUCCAUUCGACGUAAAUGCUUUUUCCUACUUUACGGACGAGAUGUCGGACUAUAAGUAUAAUUUUUACGGAUGCCCUUUCUAUCCGUCAAGUCUAAGUACAAAGAAGGAAGGAGCAAAAGUCGCACAAAUUAAUCGCAUGUCGUUUAAAUAUCCCAUGUCUCCUUUAUUGUCUCAACCGGAAAACACACCGGAGGAGGGAAUUUGUUAUUUCGAGAAGCGCUCAAAAGAAUGUGCCGAUACACCAUUGUUCUGCGAAUGUGUUCACGUGAUCGAAGUUCCACCCAAGAAAAAUAUUGACAUUGUUUUAAUAGACGAAGGCUUCGGUGGAAAUGUUUCCCAUACGUUUCACAUACAUGGCUAUAACGCAAGCGUCCUAGGAAAAGAUAGUUUCGAGCGAGCAAUUACCAAAGAAGAAAUUAUACUUUUAGAUCGUAACAAACAGUUACACCGUAAUUUUUUAAAUCCACCGCAGAAAGAUAGUUUCGUUGUACCAAAUAAAGGUUACAUUAUUCUCCGCCUCUUCACUGAUAAUUUAGGAUAUUGGUUGUGGGAAGCACGAAGCACGGCAAUAUCUCCAGGAACAUCUGGACCUGUGAUGCAGUUUCUGUUAAAGGUAGGCAGUCGUGAAAGUUUCUUACCUGUUCCUUUAGACUUCCCUACCUGCGGAAGCAACAAACAUCCGGAUAUGGUGUUCGAAACAAAUUAAUUUAGCGCAUAAAUUUCUGUAUAUUUAUUUUAAGUUAACUAAUCAUAUUUAUUUAUCGUUACA